AUGGAAACUUUAUUUUUCCUUCACAGUUUCUUACUUUUUAGCUGCGUGAGCUCAGAGCAGCGAAGCUUUCGAAUAGUCCUUGAUCACAUCAGCACUAAGAUUUUGGAUACUAAGACCGUCGAAAAAUUGAGUUGCGACGUCGAACAAAUCAGUAACCGCAGCUAUGUAAAUUGUCAUAUGCUAUUAAAUCGUGAAGUCGCCAAAGUGGAUGUUCGAAACAUAGUGACUUUCCUUAAGCCAAAUGGUCAGGAAAUGAAGUUAUACGAAGGUCGAUUAGAUGCCUGCCUCGUGAUCGGAAGUUUUCAAAAGAAUCGUUUAGUGAACCUAUACUCAAAACACUUUAGAAAAUUUUCCAACUUGGAGUGUCCAUUCAAGGCGAACUUCAACUACACCGUGAAAGAUCUUUAUUUUGACGAACAAGAUUUGCCCUCAUUCGUGCCGUUUGGAACGUUCCGAUCCCUGACCGAAUUUUAUUUAAAUCAAACUUUAGCAACACGUCUCAUUACCCACGGAAAAGUUAUACCCAGACUAUAA